GGUCUUUGUUAGCAUCUCAUCGAUGAACUAAUCUAAUUACUACCCUGCUCAAAACUGUAUUCAAAAAUGCUAUUAAUAAUAUUGAAUCGUGAAAACUAUCAACACAGGAAUAAAUCGAACUAGUGUUUGAGGGGAUAAUCAAUCCUUUAUUUAGAAAAAAAUCGAACAUCGACUUAUCAAACAGCUGGAACCAAGAUUGAGUGAGAGUGAGAGAGAGAGAGAGAGAGAGAGAGAGAAAAAGAAAGAAAGAAAGAAAGAGAAAGAGAGUGUAAGGGAGAGAGAGAGAGAGGCUGUCAUCGCCCAUAUUUACUUACCUCUGCUUGUUGGUAAAGAUAUUACGGGAAGAUACCCUUUUGAUAGUAUUGAGUGGCGAGAAAUAGAAAAAAAUAAACGAGUCUUUCUGUAAUUUCAAAUCAUUCAUCUUUAAACUAAACUGUAGCAUCAUGGAUGAUUUACAAAAUUACAAGUUACAGCUCCAACAGGUGGAAGCAGCUCUCACGACAGACCCAAAUAAUGAAGAAUUAAUUAAGCUGAAAAUCGACCUUGAGGAAGUAAUAGAGCUGACACAUGAUUUAAUUAAAUCACAACAGCAAGAAAAAAGACAAGCCAAUGGCAUGGAUGCUAAAGAUCCUAUUUUACUUGCAGUUCUGGCCAAUAAAUGGAAAGUCGGUGAUCAAUGUAUGGCACCUUGGAGUGAGGAUGGCAAAUAUUACGAAGCAACUAUAGAUGCAAUAAGUGAAGAUGGAGUUGUAAAUGUAACAUUUAAUGAAUAUAAGAAUACUGAUGUUACUAUGCUGAGCCAAUUAAAAUCUGUUGCAAAGAGGCCAGCAUCAGACUGGGCAGAUCAAAAGUCAAAGAAGAUGCAAGCAGCUGCAGUUGCGGGCUCAGAUCCUAACAAACAAAGGGAAUAUCUUAAGAAAAAGAAGCAGAGAAAACUGCAGCGAUUUAAAGAACUAGAAGAAGAACGUGAGUUGGAAAAAAAUAAGUGGUUAGCUUUUACUAAUAAGUCUUCGAAGAAAGGCGUUAUUAAGAAGAGCAUCUUCGCAACACCGGAGAAUGUGAAUGGUCGUGUGGGAAUUGGCACUUGCGGUGUCAGUGGUCGCGAGAUGACCAAGUUUAGUAACGGGGAGAAAUGGAGACGAGGAGCUUAAGUAGGCGUUGUACAUAAAUUAGAAAUUGUAACCUUUGUGAAGUAGAAUCGCGAUAUAUUAUUAUUAAUCGGAAAAUAAAAAUGAAUCAGUAGAAGCUUGAAAUAUUGAUGUAUUUAUGCGGAACUGCAUCAAAGUAUUGAAAACACUAUAAUACAAGUGUAAUUUUUGUUUUGAUUAUAUUGUUUUACAAUAUGUACUGUAAUACUACAACAUUGCAGGUACUGCAAUAUUUCAGGCCUUUGCUGAUUUUAACUUUCCGACUGUACAUCUAAGAGCCUUACACACAUUAUUCAGAUUAUAUUAUGAAGACUGGUUUAUAAACUGGUAUACAAUGCACUUUAUGUUGUGAGAAUGGUGAGAAUGUCUGUGUGAUAGCAGGAACGGUGAAAUUGUCCAAGCAUGAAUGCAAAUAUCUUUUCUCAUAACACUGACUCUAUAAGUUAUAAGGCAAUUUUAAAUUUUGUAUCGUAAUAUAACUCAAAGACGAAUGCGGCGAAUAAAUCUGUUUCUAGUUUAAUAUGUU